UCCGCUGUGGUGGCGGCGGCAAGGCGGGCGCGCAGUUCCGGGCGCGCGGCGACCGUUGGGCUUGGCAGUUCACGGGGGUCGCGGCUCUCAUGGCUGCAGCUAGUGUGACUCCUCCUGGCUCCCUAGAUUUGCUGCAGCCCGGCUUCUCAAAGACCCUUCUGGGGACCAAGCUGGAGGACAAGUACCUGUGCUCGGCCUGCAAGAACGUCCUGCGCAGACCCUUCCAGGCACAGUGUGGCCACCGCUACUGCUCCUACUGCCUGACCAGCAUCCUGAGCAGGCCGUCUCCCUCUCCCCCCUCCAGCUCCGGGCCCCAGAACUGUGCUGCCUGCGUGCAUGAGGGCAUAUAUGAAGAAGGCAUUUCGAUUUUAGAAAGCAGUUCGGCUUUCCCGGACAACGCCGCCCGCAGGGAGGUGGAGAGCCUGCCGGCUGUCUGUCCCAGCGACGGCUGCACCUGGAAGGGGACCCUUAAAGAGUACGAGAGCUGCCAUGAAGGACACUGCCCGUUCAUGCUGACCGAGUGCCCUGCGUGUAAAGGCCUGGUGCGCCUUGGUGAGAAGGAGCACCACUUGGAGCACGAGUGCCCGGAGAGAAGCCUCAGUUGCAGGCACUGCCGGGCGCCCUGCUGCUGGGCCGACAUGAAGGCGCACCAUGACGUCUGCCCCAAGUUCCCCUUGACUUGUGACGGCUGCGGCAAGAAGAAGAUCUCACGCGAGAAGUUUCAGGACCACGUCAGAACGUGUGGCAAAUGCCGAGUCCCCUGCAGGUUCCACGCUGUCGGCUGCCCUGAGAUGGUGGAGAGCGAGAAGCAGCAGGAGCACGAGGCAAAGUGGCUCCAGGAGCACCUGGCCAUGCUGCUGGGUGUCCUCCUGGAUACAAAGCACCUCUUGGGAGAUAGCAGCAGUUUCCUUGGCCAGAGCCAGGUGGGGAACCCAGGGGCGGAGGUCUCCAAGGCUGCAGAGCUCCUGCAGAGGUGUGAGGCCUUGGAGAGGAAGACGGCUACCUUUGAGAACAUUGUCUGCGUCCUGAACCGGGAGGUGGAGAGGGUGGCUAUGACCGCCGAGGCCUGUGGCCGGCAGCACCGGCUGGACCAAGACAGGAUCGAAGCCCUGAGUAACAAGGUGCAGCAAUUGGAGAGGAGCAUUGGCCUGAAGGACCUGGCGAUGGCCGACUUGGAGCAGAAGGUCCACGAGAUGGAGGCGUCCACCUUCGAUGGGGUAUUCAUCUGGAAGAUCUCUGACUUCACCAGGAAGCGCCAGGAAGCCGUGGCUGGCCGCACGCCCGCCAUCUUCUCCCCAGCCUUCUACACGAGCAGGUACGGCUACAAGAUGUGUCUGCGCAUCUACCUGAACGGAGAUGGCACUGGGCGUGGGACACAUGUGUCUCUCUUCUUUGUGGUGAUGAAGGGCCCCAACGACGCCCUCCUGCGGUGGCCCUUCAACCAAAAGGUGACCUUAAUGCUGCUUGACCAGAACAAUCGGGAGCAUGUGAUCGAUGCCUUCAGGCCCGACGUGACCUCCUCCUCUUUCCAGAGGCCUGUCAGUGACAUGAACAUUGCAAGCGGCUGCCCUCUCUUCUGCCCUGUCUCUAAGAUGGAGGCCAAGAAUUCCUAUGUGCGCGAUGACGCCAUCUUCAUCAAGGCCAUCGUGGACCUGACGGGGCUCUAGCCCCCUCUCGCCAGGGUCAGGGGUUGGGGUUGAGGAGCUACCACGUCAGGCCUGGGCCUCAAUGUGGGCAGGCGCCUGCUGUGUUCACGACCUGUGGGGAGGGGCUGCCUCCUGGGCAGAGGCCUCAGCCCAGGCCAUGUGGAGUGGGCCGUGGGCCCGUGUGGGCUUCCCGGCCAGCCGUCCUAUGCAAGUGCUCGGAGCUCUUGGUAUGUAGCAGGAGUGGCUGGGGGGUGAGGCGAGCAGAAGGCAGGGAGGGCUACGAGGAGAGGGGCCACCCCCAAUCCAGCCACACGAGGAGCUCUCUGGCGCCCAGCCCCACCCUUCAGCUUCUGGAGAGAAGGGACAUUCUCAGGCUGCUGCCCUGAGGAGAGCUUCUGCUGGGCCAGCCUGGCCAGGCCAGUGGGCAGCGAGAACACCCGUGUCCUCAGAGCGUCCCAUUGGCUGCCCCGCAGUGUGUACGGGGCACAUAGUCAGCCCCACCGCAAGACAGCUGCGCCGUUGGGCCGUGGAGAAGUCGUUAUUAAACCGUUGAAUAUCAGUGGUGAGUGGUGUCCAUUUGGCUCCAGCCUUGGCAGCAGUGACCCCCGCAGGGGCCUCCUGGCUUCCUGCCUCCCACGGCCCCUCCCUGCAGGUGUCCCACCCGCCUGCGUCUCCAACUCCAAGUUCACUCCUGGGGCUGUGGCGAAGCUGGUUCUGUCUUCUGGAAUAUUCUUUGCUGACCAGCUCCUCCUCCUUCAGGCCUCCCAGGGGCUGCCUUGAGAGCAGGGCCACAUUUAUGCCCCCCCAUCCUGGGCCUGCCCUGCCCCUCUGUGCAGGGAUCCCUUGCCAUGGACGAGUGGCCAGUGGCUUCGUUUGUCUUUGGGUAUCUGAUGAGUGGCAUUGCCCCUGGAAACAGGCCUUCUCCGGGUAUCAGGCAUUUCCUCAACAACCCGCAGUGCUAGCACUCUGGCCACAGGAUUGAACCCCACUUAGACCUGGGUCAGGGCCUCAGCCCUGUGGGGUGCAGCAUGGGGGUCCUGGCCAAGGACUGUCUGCCCCUAGCUGCACUAGUGACCGGUCAUUUGUUCUCAGGCUAGGGCUGCCCGGGGUCUUUACAGAGAACCCAUGACACGUUUGACUUCCCAUUGACAUGGUCACUCAGAUCUCUCUUUUGAGAAGUUAAACGAUAGAAAAGCACAGAGAAUAAUGAAACAAGCACCUGUGUCCACCUCCCAGCAUGCACAAGUGUGCACGUUUUGAGUUAUGUACGUACGUAUUUUAAUUAAAAAGAAACACUGCGGCCAA